GACACGCUCGAGUAACCGCUUUGGCCGCAUCGUUGUUACAGCAACGGCAUAGUCAGUCAGUAGAUAGAGCCGAAGCCGGACGGACCGGAGCAUUUUCGGUAUACCCGUAUACCAAACAGCUGUUUGUGCGUGCGUUGCUUAGUGCGUUGUUUAGUGUUGGUCGCACACUUUGCUAGUUCGAGACGCCUGAUCGCUUAUCAAUCAACAACUCCGACGUAGUUGCUACACACAACAAGACAUAAUAAAAUAUACAUAUAUACCGUGCGCGUGUUUAUUCCCUCUGGAGUUUGGUUAAACGUACAAUGUUCUGUAAUCCAGUGCUGCAGUGAGCUCCGGCUCGGUGGCAGUAGAGUGCGUUACUUGGUUGUUUUGCGGCACGCGUGCAGUGGUGGGCGUGACUGUCGGUACACGUAGACCCGCGGGUGCUUCUCCACAGAGGUACCAUUUGACACCUCGUUUCUAGUUUUGGACACACGGACUCUCGGUGCAGUUCUCGGACGACCGGUCUCGCGGAGCAUCAUCGAGUGCGACACGUGUUACGUAACGUGUCUACCCCCCCCCCCUAUUUCCGUGUGCCGUGUGCGUGUAAGUGUAAUACACAACACAACAGAGUAGCGGUGCUUACACCUAUAGUAGACUCCGAACUCCGAACAAGAAAAACAACCGUCAGCAGGAGAAGAGCGGCGGAAUAGCGAGUGGUAAACAAACGGAGCUGAGGGGCAAAGGCCGAUCAGUCACACCGAUGGUGCGCAACUUGACGAUGGAGCCGACGUUCUACGAGGACCAGGCGGGCACGCUGUACUGCCCACCAGUUGGUCGGAUGAUGGUCAACGGGCCGAUGAGCCACGGUGCCCUGGGCAGCAUAAAGCGCUCGAACCUUACGCUCGACCUCAACAGCGCACGGCAGGGCUUGUCGAAGAGGCCAUCGAAACUCGGCUCCGCUCUGACAACGCCCUCGUCACUACCGAGUCUCACGCCGCUCCUUGGCUCGCCGGACCAGCUUCUGAAGCUCGCCACACCCGAGUUCGAGAGGCUGCUCAAUCAGGAGAGUUGCAUCAUCACGACGGUGGCCCCGACCACGACGCCCUCGGGUGGCCUGCACACCCCGACCUCGCAGAUCUACUUCGAGAAGGCAGUUACCGAGGAACAGGAGAAUUACGCCCUGGGUUUCGUCGAGGCGCUCAACGAGCUCCAUCACUCCGACAGCUCGCAAGAGCCGGGCAGCCUGCAUGGGGCCACGUACACGACUCUCGAGCCCCCGGGUAGCGUGCAGAGCAACGAGUCAUCCUCGAUGCUCAGCAGCCAGGGCCUGGUGCAGAUAAAGGACGAGCCCCACACGGUCCCGAGCGUCUCAAGCUCGCCGCCCAUGUCGCCGAUAAACAUGGAGUCCCAGGAAAGGAUCAAGCUCGAGCGAAAGCGACAGAGGAACCGCGUGGCCGCUUCAAAGUGCCGAAGGCGCAAGCUAGAGAGGAUCUCGAGGCUCGAGGACAAGGUCAAGUUGCUCAAGGGUGAGAACAGCGAUCUCAGUCAGGUGGCCAGUCGGUUGCGCGACCACGUGUUCAAGCUCAAGGAACAGGUCAUCGAGCACGUGAACGCCGGCUGUCAGAUCCAAGCGUUGCCGUGCACCUUUUGAGCCUCGUUGUGUUUCGACUCUACGCGCGUGAGUUUUUAUUGUAUAAGUAUCGUGUACCGCUGGUGCUCGUUGUACAAAAGGACGUCCAAGGACCGGUUGCGCCUUUACCAUUGCCUUUUGGUGUUUUGUGCAACGAACGAAUUGUAAAUAUACUUGAUGGUUAAUCGUAUACCACGGUACGCCGUAGGUUCAAAGUGCUAUAAAACCGUGGUAAUUUUUUAAUGGUUUUUUUCACUCGAUAUAUUUUUGUGCGUCACUUCCAUUAUUCACUUCGAAGCCGAUGACAUUAUAAAGUAACUAAUUAUCGAUAGCGUUGUAAGAAAAAGACUUUUAAAAGUAAUUAUUGAUAUAACGUAACGUGUUUUUUCUAUUUCGUUUUUUAAACGUAUAACGAAGCGAUGUAUGAAUUUUUUUCUUCAUUUAUUUAUUUAUUUCUUUUUUUUUUUUAAUUCAUUCAUAUUCAAGAAAGUCAAUAAUAAUGCGUAUAUGAUCAUGCAUAUACACAAAUGCUUUGUUGCGACUUUCUGGGCAAGCAAUUCACUGCACAGUGUGCCUUUUCAAGAAAGAAAAAAAAAAUUUCAGACAAACGAUCCGGCGCCGCGGACACUCGAUGCCUCGCCAUAGUCGCGCCGAUCGGCUUAUAAUCGUUCCCUGUAUACUUUCCUCCCCUUAUUGUCCUUUUCGCUGCAUGAAAAUAAUGUAUACCAUCUACGGCCACCACUGUAAACCCAAACCCCCCGUCCCCUACCCUAAGCUACUUUUCUCGUUUUUGUAUUUUGUAAAAACGUUUGUAAAAAGUCAAUUUUUUAUAACAUGUAUACGCUUCUAACAUUAUUUUUGUAAAACAAAAACGCGCGCCCAAAAAAUGCAUUGUCACAAUCAAUAGAGAUAAUGAUCGAAAGAAAAAUAAAAGAAAAAUGUAAAAAAAAAAAAAAAAUGACAAUCGGCAAUUUAUAUCUCACGUUGCUAAGAUUUUUUAUAUAAGUCAAUCCAGUGGAACUUGCAACACAUUCGAACUGAAAGCUUAUUUUUCAUGGCUUUUGGAUGUUGCGGGUUAUACCCUGUGCGACAGAAAAAUUGUAAAUAACAUCAUACUCAAAAUAGUCACGAAUACUAUUUUUUUUUUCUCGUAGGAUCGCGUUAGAGGCUGGACCAUAAGUAAGAUUGCAAGUUUCAACAGAAUGACACAUGAUAGACGUAACGAAAAUUGUACAAAGUUUUUCGUGCGCUUGUAAAUUUUUUAGUCUUAUUUUGUAUCGACGAAAA